CACAAAAAACGCAGGAAAAACGUAGGAAAAUCUGGUUUGCGGAUGUGAGGGAGGUUUCCCGGGAUUGGUGUUGUUUUCGUUCCCGGCAUAGGUUUGUUUCCGGCACGACAGUAAGGUAUCGCGUCGGAAGGGAGAAGCUCGCCGACGGCCCCCUUUUUUUCCAGAGGCGGUGCAGAAACCGGAACACAAGAUGGACUCGUUGGGCACGGAAAUAGGCCAAAAGAUGAGGAGCGCCGUCAAGGCGAAGCUGAUCGAACUCGGGACGGGCUCCGCCAGCGGCUAUAUCGACGACGAGUUGCCGGAUUACGUGAUGAUCAUGGUGGCAAAUAAGCGCUCCCGCCAGCAGAUGGUCGACGAUUUGUCCCUCUUUCUAGGCGCCCAAACGGAAGUGUUCGUUAACUGGCUGCAUCAGGUGCUGCAGAAGCUGCAGGAAGUGACGCUACCGGCGUCGGUAGCAGCCAAAACGAUGAAGGACAGUUCGAAGAAGAAAAGUUCAUCGGAAAAGCCGCGCAAGGAUAAGAAAGGCAAACGAAGGGAAGCUAGCAGCGAACGAGCAGCGGCGUUGUCCGAUGAUGUCGGUGACAAAACACCUCCGCGGCCUAGUACCGCUACUGCACCUUUGGCGGGCGGCUCCAUCACGGAGGUGUUUGCUAAUCAGUACAUCGAGAAAGCCAAAAAGACGCUGGAAGUCGAUGCCAGUGCUGCGCCCCCGGUCAAGAAGGCCACUGUAACACCGGUUACAUCGAUCACGGACAUUGCGACGGCUACCGUUCUUCAGAAGCACCAGAAAGAGCUAAAGGAGCUGGAAGAGAUACAACAACGCAUCAACGCGGCCAAACAACAUUUGAAAUCACUUGGAACGGAAAUUCCCGACGAUGAUGAUGCGGAUUUCCUGCUUCUCAAAGCGAACGAUGAUGAUUUACUGCCAGAGGGAACACGUUCCAAACCAUCUUCCUCGUCUGCCACCGGUAACUCUUCCUCGGCAGCAACUCACAAUCAAGCGACAACCAAGCAACGCCAGCGUAUUACGAUGGAAACCACGGAGCCACCAUCAAAGGCUGCGACGACUAGCCGCAGUACGACACCGCCUCCUGCGCCAGCAACUGCGAAGCCACCGAGCACCGUAUCCACCACUAGCCCCACGACGGCAACUAAACGUUCCGUACACGAGCGUUUGGGUGACAAGGGAAAUGACGUGGCCACCGGAGCUCAGGAACCAGUCGGCAGUUCAGCGACAAAGAAGCAGGCGACGGAGUCCACAACGAACAGCGGACGUAGCCCGGCCAAAAAUACCAUCAUUAGCUUAUCGGCUCAUCGUCGGGAGGAACGCGAGAUCUACGUUCCCCUUUUUCGACGUAAAGAACCCCCCAGUUCCAGCGUGGAACCAUCGAAGCCGCAAACGGCCCGUCCUAACUCGCACCCGGCCCGUCCCGAUUCGCACUCGGCCCGAGGACGCAGUCGUGAGCGCACGGCUCGGGCAAAGACACCGCCAGCGCCGCCACCGGUGACCGUACCGUCGGUCGCUGCUCGUCGUUUAAGUCGUGAGCGACGUCUAGGACCGGCACCACCCCGUUCGAUCGUUGAUGUUCCUGGACGAGACCGCGACCGUGACCGUCGGCCAUCGUCUCGCGAUCGUCGGCCAUCGUCCCGCGAUCGUCGCUCGCGUAGUCCUGUGCGUGCUUCCGAACGAAGAGAACGUUCAAAAAACGGAUGUGAACCCGCCCCGUCCACUGUACGCAGUCGGAUCGGGUCGCGGGUUAUUGUGCUUCCACCGAAGCCGGAUUACAACGAGGACGUGGUUGAGGUGCCGGUUGCUAGCGUCAUCAAGGUGCAGCCCCGGCCUACUAUUCCGAAGGCGAAACAACCAAGCAAAAAUUUGCUGCUAAAAGCGAUGGCCGAAGCCCAGCGUUCGACGGUGGCGAAUGUUCGCAAACGGAUCGAUAAUACGGGCGCGAUUGGUGGAGAUAUCGGCAAAGGCGGUACACCGUUUGCACCGCGAAUAGUAGAAAACAAGCCGAAGCUGCUGAUUGAGAUACAGGGAGGUGCCAGUGGGCACUCGGAAGUGGAGGUAGAAUACGAGGACGAUGAACUAAUGGAGGAGAACAGGAGAGGUGAACAUGCGGAAGAGGAAGAAUUGUUGCCGCGAAGGCGUCCGGUUUAUCGCAAUGCAGAUCAUGAGCCGCUCGGAGAAGAUGAAGAAGAAGAGGUACACGAAGUGGACAUUGCGAACCAGGUGCUGAUGGAGGAUUCUGACGGUGAUGAUGAGUUCAGACAAAUGCUCGAGGGUGGUGAUGCAUGCGAUGAGGCGGCCCCUGGACAGUCUUCGACCGAUACAGGGCUUGAACCGAUCGACGAUGAUGAUGUCGAUGAUGUCAAUAAUGAUGGUGAUGGGACAAAGUUUGUCGUCACACUGGAUGGCGCUUUCAAGGGGAAAGGCAGCGUAGAGGAACCAACAGACGACAGUGUGGUGACUGGCGCGGCUUCUCCAAGCCACACACCACCACCGCCGCCGGCCACGGUCCCUAGCCAAAGCACCAAAGCGAGGCUUUCUGUUAAAGAGCGGAUUGGUUUGAGGCGUCAACCUUCGCAGCAGCAGCAGCAGCAGCCACCGCAACGUGGCCGACAGUCGCCAGCGAAGGAUAACAAGGAGCUCGAGGAGACGCUCAAGAAGCGCAAGGAACGUUUCAGUGAAAAACUGGUAGUCCAACCUCCACCGUCCUCUGCACCUUCCCAAAAGCAAUCCCCGCAAGUUCCUCCGGCGGGUGACGGUCUGAUCCAUCGUUCAUCUUCUCCCCGUGGUCAGCGCCGUUCGCCGAAACCGAAAGUACCGCCAGCACCGGCAUCCACUUCGCCGCGAUCUUCAAAUUCGGCACGCGAUCGUACCCCUUCACUAAGCCCGGAACCACCGGAGCGUCGUGAUCGUUACAACGACUACCAGCGUCGGCCAGCGCAAUCGCGUCGUCGCAGCGCAGCAUCACCUUCUCCGGAGCCAGUCCGUUCUUCGGUGCGACUUUCGCGAUCAUCGCGCACUACGGGUACGGGUGGUGGUGCCAGUAACAGUUCACCAUCCCAUCUCAACGAGCUACUGCUACAGCGCACCAAGGAACUGAUGGACGAGAGUGUGUCCUCGUCACCGAUCUACAUGUCCAAGACAGAUUACGACCGGAUGGAACCGGCUUCGCGCAAACGGAAGCGUGUCUCCCCGAUUCAGUUCGAUCUGACGGACGAAGACGAGCGGCAGGAGAGUGACGAUGACUAUCGCGAGCGACGGUCCAGCCGUGGCCGUACGGACGAGCGACAGCAACAGCAGCAGCAGUCAGGGCGUGGUCGUAGCCGCCAGCGUGGUGAGAGCGAGGAUCGAGACCGAGAUCGAACGACCCGGGAAUCGUCCUCGAGGCGCGAUCACCGAGAGCGGGGAGAUUCGCGUGGUCGUACGACAUCGCCGGGGCGGAAAAUUAAGAAACUGGAAUCUAGUCGUAAAUUUGAUGAUAUUCCUCCAUUGCUGAGUGCCGUGUCGGUGUCCGGGGGAUUAGAUGGUAAGACUGGCAAAGGUGGUAGUAACGUUGGCAACGGAGCUAAGGAACGUUGCAAGUACUUCCCAAGCUGUCGCCAGGGUGAUGCAUGCGAAUUUCUACAUCCGAGCACCCCAUGCAAGGCCUUUCCGGGUUGCAAGUUCGGCGACAAGUGCCUGUAUCUGCAUCCCAUGUGCAAGUACGACCAAACCUGCCAUCGGCUCGAUUGUAACUUUAUGCACUCGAAGGGUUCGAACGCCUCCGGAGUAUCGGCACCACCGUUAGCAUCGUCGGUGGUUCCGGUGCAGAACUACAAAACGAUCAGCGCGAAACCAUUGCCACCGUUGUGCAAGUACUAUCCACAUUGCAGCAACACCCAGUGUCCGUUCUAUCACCCGAAGAUGUGCCGCUUCGGUCGGCAUUGCGUCAACAAGGUCGAGUGUAAUUUCUACCAUUACGAUCUGCCACCGCAGGAGUUGCACGAGUCCUCGUCCAAGGAUAAAUUCCGAUGGAUUUCGCCCUUUUCCGCCUAAAUCCAGAGGUUGACCGGUAACGGCGGAUUCGUUGGUGGCCACUUAUGGCCACUCGAUUAUUGUGUCUCUUAGGGUUAAGUGUUUGCGUGUUUACUCAUUUUCAACACGACGAUAGCCACAAACUAUCGCCAAAGGUGGCGAUAGUCCGUUCCGGGUCCUGGUCCCGGUCCCCGGAUCCACUAUUUAUUCAUUUUAUCUAUCUCUGUGCAGCUCUGGCACAGCGCGUGGAGGUUCAAGUGGCCCGCUUAGCUUGCAUACGCUAGCGAUUAGUUUACACAGUUUUACGUUAUGACGCAGAAUAUCCCAUUCGAAGCUAUUGGAAGAAGCUGAAAGUGCUCCAUCGAAGCAUCGAACCCGAUCGCUGCGGUUUGUUGUGGUUUUUGAAGUGCUUCCACAAAUCCAUUCUGUCGCAUUGGGGAAUGUUCCGUAAUUAGGAAUGCAAUAGUACAAGUUGGGUCCUUCUAGUAAUUAGUCGUCGGACGGUAGUCUAGCAGCACCUAUGUAUGUAUGAAUAGGUUAAAACGAUAAACGCAUUCGCAACUCAUUAACUCACUCCGUCGUUAAUUUCUGUUUUGUGUAUGGUUCUAUUAAAUGUCUCUUUAUGUCCUCCUUAAGAUCCCCAAGCCCCCCACUCUCAUGAACUUUCCCAGAUGUUAGCGACGUUAUCUA